CAUCCCAUCUGCCUUUCAGCUGAUGAUGCAUGUGGCAGAAUAGGCUUGGGGAGCAUCGCUAUAGCAACCGCAAACAGAAAGGCACUUCAGAGCAAUCUCAAAGAGGAAAUGUGACCUGGGCCAUUACACAUCUGAAAGCUGUACAAGACAACUGGAUCACUUCUAAAGGUCAAAUUUAAGGUGAGCAGCAGAAGGCUGAGCAUGUCGUGGUUCAGCUGGAACGAACCGUACUAUCGGAGCCCACGACGUGAGCCGUCUGAAGUGGUCACGGACACACUAAUGCUAGAGUUGAGCUGGCAGAUGAAGGAGGCUGAAAGGCUGCAGCGGGAGCGAGACAAUGAAUAUCGGCGCCUGAAGAGCGGCGUGGACUACAGCUGGCUCAUGAGCACCCCACGCAGCUCAUUUGACAUCAGUCAAGGAGAGAGACUCGGCCUUGAGGACCUGUGUAGCAAAGUACCACCAUCAUACUGUGGAACGGCAAUACAAAGGUUUCGGCAGGUGCUGAUGGAGAAUGAGCCUGAGCUGCAGGAGGUUUCUGGACUCUUCCGCUCUGUUCUUUUGGAAACACUUGAGCGUGUUCACGAGGAGCAGGAGGCUCAGCGUCUGACCCACCAGUGGAACAACAGACGCCCUAUAAGCCUGUCGCUGAUGAGCUUCAAGUCUCGCGUGCGGAUCAACCCUUUCGGCAGCACCUUGGGACUGAAAUCAAACAGUUAUGGCUCGGAGGAAGAUGGAGUAGAUGUCAAGACUGUGUGUGGGGAUGUUGAGAAGGGCUUUGGUCAGACAACAGAGAAAGUGCAGCGUGGGUGGAGCAUGCCAGAGUUCAGACACAAGGGCAUCAAUGGGAACGCUUGAGUGGGAUUCA